AUGACGGGCUGGACACCGGUCUGGGUCGGCAUCGCCGCUGUUGGCGCUGGCUUUGGCAGUUGGGUUGCGACGGCCAAGCGGGGCCCCAACCAAGUCGUUAUUCGGACUGCAAUCAUUCUCACCCUCACCUGCUGCUACAUGAUGUGGGCCAUCAUCUACCUGGCGCAGCUACACCCUCUCAUCAAACCGAAACGCGCUGACCUCCGAUUCGAGAACUGA